UUCCAUGACAGUAUUUCCGGUUUAAUUUGGUACCCUGCAUAUCUUACUGUGUACAUAUUCUCACAUGCACUGUAUACUGGGUCCAAAAAAUAUGGCAGCAGCAAGAACAUUUUCUAAACAUUGGAGACAGUUUUGCAAAUUGCGACAGGUAAGACAGAGUGGUAGAUACACUGUCUUAACUGGUCGAAAUGGGCCUCAGUCAUUUCCUGGGACUCAGCAUUUACCCUACCACCGAUUUCAGACAUCAGCCAAAUUAAAUGAGCUGGUCAACUUCUAUCUGUCUGAUAUUGGUGAAGGUAUUAGAGAGGUGCAGAUCAAGGAAUGGUAUGUAAAGGUUGGAGACCACGUGAAGCAGUUUGAUGCACUGUGUGAGGUACAGAGUGACAAGGCCUCCGUCACGAUCACGAGUCGCUAUGAUGGCACGAUUAAGAAGCUGUGCUACGACGUUGAUGACAUCGCCCAAACCGGCAAGGUCCUCGUGGAGAUUGAAACGUCUGGAGGGAAGACUCUAGAGGAGCGGUCAGAUGACGGUCAGUCUAGCGAUAAUUCAUCAUCAAGCGACGAUGAAUCUUCCUCUAUGCAGGAAAUCCGAGGACACAAGGUCCUGGCCACGCCAGCUGUGAGGAAAAUGGCCAAGGAAAAUAAGAUCAAACUGAGUGAUGUACAAGGCUCUGGUAAAGAAGGCAGAGUUCUGAAAGAAGACAUCUUACGGCACCUUGGUGGUGAGAGGAAAGUUACACCAGAGAUUGUUCCACCCCCACCAACUGUCCAGACCCAAGCCCCUCCCCGGCCCCAAAUCUCACCCUUAACUCCACCCACUGCACUCCCACAAGAACCUGUUGUCGUGCCUCCAAAGAUUCAGACUCCGCCCGUGAUUGGCAAGGACGUAACUGAGCCAAUCCGGGGCAUCAGGAGAGCGAUGGUAAAGACGAUGACUGCUGCGCAGGCUAUACCUCCCUUCGGUUACUAUGACGAAAUCGACAUGACAGCUCUUGUGAAAUUUAGAAGGGAUAUGAAAGUGAAGGCACUUGAGAGAGGUGUGAAAUUCUCCUACAUGCCCGUAUUUAUAAAGGCUGUGUCCAUGGCAUUGAGGCAUUUCCCAAUCCUGAACUCCAGCGUAGAUGCCAAGUGUGAAAAUAUCACAUACAAGGCCUCACACAAUAUUGGUCUUGCCAUGGACACAAAAGAUGGGUUACUGGUGCCAAAUAUUAAGAACGUGCAAGCACUGACUAUCUUUGAGAUUGCAUCGGAGCUUAAUCGACUGCAAGUGUUAGGGGAUGCAGGCAAACUUGGGACAGAGGAACUCACUGGGGGGACCUUCUCCCUUUCAAAUAUUGGAUCAAUUGGUGGCACCUAUGCACGACCAGUGAUAUUACCUCCUGAAGUAGCCAUAGGAGCCCUUGGACGUAUACAGACUCUUCCAAGAUUUGAUGAGAAUGGUAGCGUAGUGGCGCGCCACAUCAUGGCGGUGAGCUGGUCAGCGGAUCAUCGCGUUAUAGAGGGCGCUACCAUGGCAAGAUUCUCCAACAUGUGGAAGGCAUACCUCGAGAAUCCCACCUCCAUGAUUCUAGACUUGAAGUGAUAAGUGGUAUCAUUAUGUAGAGUCCUGAUUCUGAUGAAAGGAUUGUAGCAUUGACUGUUUCUAGGUUAUUAUAUAAUGAAAUAAGCCUCUCUCUGGGAAAAGGGGAGUUAAUUUUCUUUGUAUAACUCUUUCAGUGCGGGAACCGAAUUUUGAAGGACUUUGCAAACAGUUUGGAUCCAGAUGAGACGCCACAGAACGUGGCGUCUCAUCAAGAUCCAAACUGUUUGCUAUUCUGAUAGUAUUCUGUGAAAAAAAUCGAAGAAAAUGCUAAUUUUAGAAAAUCAGCAGACGACAUUUUAGCAGAUGACAAAUUUCCCAGCAUGCAAAGUGUUAUAUAAUGAAAUAAGCCUCUCUCUGGGAAAAGGGGAUUUAAUUUUCUGUGUAUAAAGUAUGGCCCCAGAUAAGCCUGUGCAUUCUGUAAAGGCCUAUUAGGGACGACACUUUCGGCUUAAACUGGAGUUUGAUAAGAAGAGACUUUCAUUUAAAAUACAACAUACCAGUGGAAAGUUUCAUUCUUGAUCAGCUGUUGUUACCUCAACUGCACAGGCAGAUUCAAUACGACACUUUAAGCACAUGCAUUAAGUUUGGUUUUCCCGGGUUUUGGAUUAAAAAUGGUUAUCAAUUAUUAAAGAAUGCAGAAUCUAUAAUAUAUUAUUUUGGAUUUGAUGCGAUAAGUGUUAUACUAAAAAUGUUUUAUAUUUUGAUGUAUUAAACAUGAAUGUUUCACAUUGGUGACCGUGUUAUAUGGAAUGACACAAUUGUAAGUAAAGUCAUGUUUUCAUGCUAAAGGUCUUUUGCUAGAAUCUGCAUUAUUGUCUGUCAACAUCGUUUAAAGACUUCCUUUGAUAUUAUUUGAUUAACUUCUUAUUUUGGUGUAUUAUUAUCCCCGGCCACAGGCAGAGGGAUAUAGAAUUGGUCUUGUCCAUCAGUCUGCCAGUCCGUCUGUCACAACAAUUUUUAGAGCGAUAUCUCAGAAACUAAAUUAAGAUAUCAACAUAAAACUUCAUAGGUGUGCCAUGCACAAGAUCCAUAACCGUACACUUUCUUAAAUAAGAGUUGUUGCCCUUCGUUUUGUUGUUUUGUAUGAUGAUUUUAUUCUUGGCUAUAUCUCAAAUACCAUGCAAGAUUUCAACAUGAAACUUCAUGGGUGUAUUGAUAUUAAUGAAGAGAAGUGCCAUGUUUAAGAACCAUAGCUCUUCACUUUCAUAAAUAAGAGUUAUUGCCCUUUGAUGAUACAAAAUUUUAACAUGAAACUUCAUUGGUGGGUGUUAAAAAAAAUAAAUUGGAAUAAGUGCCAUGCACAAGAACUAUUACCCUGCACUUUCUUAACUAAGAGUAAGUGCCCUUUCUUGUUUUUGUAUGAUGUAACUGUUCAAGGCUAUAUCUCAGAUACAAGAUUUCAACAUGAAACUUCAUGUGUGUGCAGAUAUCAAUAAGGAGCAUUGCAAUUCAUAAAAAAUAAUUGCCAUACACUUAAUUAUUAUGCCCCUCUUAGAAGAAGAGGGGGUAUAUUGUACACUUAAUUAUUAUGCCCCCCUUCGAAGAAGAGGUGGUAUAUUGUUUUGCACAUGUCAGUAGGUCGGAAGGUCGGUCAGUCCGUCUGUCCACCAAAUGUUUUCCGGAUGAUAACUCAAGAACGCUUACGUCUAGGAUCAUGAAACUUCAUAGGUACAUUGAUCAUGACUAGCAUAUGACCCCUACUGAUUUUGAGGUCACUAGGUCAAAGGUCAAGGUCACAGUGACUCGUUUUUGGAUGCAGUUUAGGACCACAUUUGCAGAUUAUAUUAUGUACUGUUGUGGUGGGGUCUUUAUCCGUCCACCAGAUGGUUUCCAGAUGAUAACUCAAGAACCCUUACGCCUAGGAUCAUGAAACUUCAUAGGUACAUUGAUCAUGACUGGCAGAUGACCCCUAUUGAUUUUCAGGUCACUAGUUACCUAUUUAUUAUUAUCCGACACUUAAUGAUUCUACUGUAUAUCAAGCAAUUUGCACAGAUCCAUAAACGGUUUAUUUAGCGGGGAUAUCAAUUUAACAAAUUUGUUUGUUCAUGAAUGUUUCACUAUGUAACAACAUGCAAUAUGUUUAAACUGUUUUUGUGUAAAAGUGUUGUUUAUCUUGGAAUUAUUUUCAUGCAUACCAGAACAAGUCUUUAUAAUUUAUUCCAGAAGUGAAGUUAUAAUUGCUUCUUUCUGUAAAUUUAAUUUUGGUGCGUAUUAUACAAAUCCUUCAAUGAGAAUGGAUAAAAUGAAAUAAAUUGGGGUUUUGCAGCCGGUGGUUGGAGUUGUAAACUGGGUUCCAGUGAUUAAAUUCAGUUUACUUUGACCAACCUUGAGGAAUCUUUGGAUGUAGCAAGCUUGCACAGAGACCUUACUGGGGAUUGCAUUUGCUGCUAAUGGGGUCAAGGACAUUGUAUCUAACAAACUGUUUCCUCUCAAUAACUUGAUUUUGACUUGAGAUGUAUCUAUCUAUACUGUCCAACUCCCCUUGCGGGUAUUAUUGACUGGAGAUAUUUCAUUAGCGAUUGUGUGUGUAGGUAGCUUACAUGCAUAACUAGAUUUGGAUUGCAUUUGGGGCCAGAAAGAUAGAGAUCACUGUACUUAAAAUAGAAUAAAAGAGUUUUCACUCAAUAGUUUUUUACUGUAAUUGUGUGUGUAGGUGACUAAAAUGUGGACCUUGCCUGGGAUUGCAUGGUUUAGAGUUUUUGUGGCAUAACAAUGGUUCUACUUGUGUAUUAUUGUAGAGGAAAAUUUUUGCAUGAAAAUAAUUCCUAUGGCAUUUUGAACAAAAUAACAAUAAAAUAUAAUGUUUUGAGAUGCAUUUAUUUAUGAAAGAAUAUGUGUACAGAUAUAUGCCAAAUAUUUAAAUCACAAAAACACCAGUAAAUAU